UUCAAAACAAACGCCGCCGAAUGCGGUUUCUGCGAACAUUUGUUGUGAAAUAUUGUGUGUUUUUAAUAGUUUUAAUAAGAUUAAAUCGACUAAAUAAUAUUUAUUAGUACGCUCUAAGUGCUAGUGCACUCGAGCAAAACCAACAAAAUGAUGUACGACAACGAGGAAGAGCUGUUCGAGGAGGAGAAUGCAGAGGAGAUCUCCCACGAGCUGUGGCAGGAGGCCUGCUGGAUCGUGAUCAACGCGUACUUCGAUGAGAAGGGUCUGGUGCGGCAGCAGCUGGACAGCUUCGAUGAGUUUAUUCAGAUGUCUGUGCAGCGCAUUGUGGAGGAUUCGCCGGCCAUCGAGCUGCAGGCAGAGGCACAGCACACAUCCGGCGAGGUGGAGACACCGCCGAGAUUCUCGCUCAAGUUCGAACAGAUCUAUCUGUCGAAGCCGACACAUUGGGAGAAGGAUGGUUCGCCCAGUCCCAUGAUGCCGAACGAGGCGCGUCUGCGUAACCUCACCUACUCUGCCCCGCUGUACGUGGACAUAACAAAGACAAAGAAUGUGGAAGGCAGUGAUCCCUUGGAGACUCAGCACCAGAAGACCUUCAUUGGCAAGAUUCCCAUUAUGUUGAGAUCCACCUACUGCCUGCUCUCCCAGCUGACGGAUCGUGAUUUGACCGAGUUGAACGAGUGCCCGCUUGAUCCCGGUGGCUACUUUAUCAUCAACGGCUCCGAGAAGGUGCUGAUUGCCCAGGAGAAGAUGGCCACAAACACAGUUUACGUGUUCAGCAUGAAGGAUGGCAAGUACGCCUUCAAGACGGAGAUACGAUCCUGCCUGGAGCACAGCUCGCGACCCACCUCCACUCUGUGGGUAAACAUGAUGGCGCGAGGCUCGCAGAACAUCAAGAAAUCAGCCAUUGGACAGAGGAUCAUUGCCAUCCUGCCGUACAUCAAGCAGGAGAUACCCAUUAUGAUUGUGUUCCGUGCCCUGGGCUUCGUGGCCGAUCGCGACAUUCUCGAGCACAUUAUCUACGACUUUGACGAUCCGGAGAUGAUGGAAAUGGUAAAGCCAUCGCUGGACGAAGCCUUCGUGGUGCAGGAGCAGAAUGUGGCCCUCAACUUCAUUGGAGCGCGAGGCGCCCGUCCCGGCGUGACGAAGGACAAGCGGAUAAAGUACGCCAAGGAAAUUCUGCAGAAGGAAAUGCUGCCCCAUGUGGGCGUCUCCGAUUUCUGUGAGACCAAGAAGGCGUAUUUCCUCGGCUACAUGGUGCACCGCCUGCUGCUGGCCUCGCUGGGUCGCCGGGAGCUGGACGAUCGCGAUCACUACGGCAACAAGCGCUUGGAUCUGGCCGGUCCCCUGCUGGCCUUCCUCUUCCGCGGACUCUUCAAGAACCUAAUGAAGGAGGUGCGCAUGUACACGCAGAAGUUCAUCGAUCGCGGAAAGGACUUCAAUCUGGAGCUGGCCAUCAAGACGAACAUCAUCACCGACGGCCUGCGCUACUCCCUGGCCACAGGCAACUGGGGCGACCAGAAGAAGGCGCAUCAGGCGCGUGCCGGCGUCUCCCAGGUGCUGAAUCGCCUCACCUUCGCCUCCACCCUGUCCCAUUUGCGUCGCGUCAACUCGCCCAUUGGUCGCGACGGAAAGCUGGCGAAGCCUCGUCAGCUCCACAACACGCUCUGGGGCAUGCUGUGUCCCGCCGAGACGCCGGAGGGAGCCGCCGUCGGUUUGGUCAAGAAUCUGGCACUGAUGGCCUACAUAUCCGUGGGCUCACAGCCGUCGCCCAUUCUGGAGUUCUUGGAGGAGUGGUCCAUGGAGAAUCUGGAGGAAAUUGCACCCUCGGCGAUUGCGGAUGCCACCAAGAUCUUUGUGAACGGCUGCUGGGUGGGCAUCCAUCGGGAUCCCGAGCAGCUGAUGGCCACGCUCCGAAAACUGCGUCGCCAGAUGGACAUCAUCGUGUCGGAGGUGUCCAUGAUCCGAGAUAUUCGCGAUCGUGAGAUUCGGAUCUACACGGAUGCGGGUCGCAUCUGUCGGCCGCUGCUGAUCGUCGAGAAUGGAUCGCUGCUGCUGAAGAAGACCCACGUGGAGAUGUUGAAGGAGCGCGACUACAACAACUACAGCUGGCAGGUGCUGGUGGCCUCUGGCGUGGUGGAAUACAUCGACACCCUGGAGGAGGAGACGGUCAUGAUUGCCAUGUCGCCGUAUGAUCUCAAACAGGACAAGGACUAUGCCUAUUGUACGACUUAUACGCAUUGUGAGAUCCAUCCGGCCAUGAUCCUGGGCGUCUGUGCCUCCAUUAUACCCUUCCCCGAUCACAACCAGAGUCCGCGUAACACCUAUCAAAGUGCUAUGGGCAAGCAAGCCAUGGGCGUGUACAUCACCAACUUCCAUGUGCGGAUGGACACGCUGGCCCAUGUGCUGUAUUAUCCCAUGAAGCCGCUCGUUACCACACGAUCCAUGGAGUAUCUGCGCUUCAGAGAGCUGCCCGCCGGCAUCAAUUCGAUUGUGGCCAUUCUCUGCUACACGGGCUACAACCAGGAGGAUUCUGUCAUCCUGAAUGCCUCGGCAGUGGAGCGGGGAUUCUUCCGAUCGGUGUUCUACCGCUCGUACAAGGACUCCGAGAACAAACGGGUGGGCGAUCAGGAAGAAAACUUUGAGAAACCCCAUCGCGGCACCUGCCAGGGCAUGCGGAAUGCCCACUACGACAAACUGGACGAUGACGGCAUCAUUGCGCCUGGCAUUCGAGUCUCUGGCGACGAUGUGGUGAUUGGAAAGACCAUCACCCUGCCGGAGAACGACGACGAGUUGGACAGCAACACGAAGCGGUUUGCAAAGCGAGACGCCUCCACCUUCCUGCGUAACUCCGAGACGGGCAUCGUGGACCAGGUGAUGCUGACCCUCAACAGCGAGGGCUACAAGUUCUGCAAGAUUCGUGUGCGCUCCGUGCGCAUCCCACAGAUCGGCGACAAAUUUGCCUCCCGUCACGGACAGAAGGGAACGUGCGGCAUUCAGUAUCGGCAGGAGGACAUGCCAUUCACCUGCGAGGGACUGGCUCCCGAUAUCAUCAUUAAUCCCCAUGAUCCCUCUCGUAUGACAAUCGGGCAUUUAAUCGAGUGCCUCCAGGGCAAGCUGGGCUCAAAUAAGGGAGAAAUUGGUGAUGCCACUCCCUUCAACGAUGCCGUCAACGUGCAGAAGAUCUCUACGUUCCUCCAGGAGUACGGCUAUCAUCUGCGUGGCAACGAGGUCAUGUACAAUGGCCACACAGGACGCAAGAUCAAUGCUCAAGUAUUCUUGGGACCCACAUACUAUCAGCGUCUGAAGCAUAUGGUGGACGACAAGAUCCAUUCACGUGCCCGCGGCCCUGUCCAGAUUCUGGUGCGACAACCCAUGGAGGGCAGAGCCCGUGAUGGUGGCCUGCGUUUCGGUGAGAUGGAGCGUGAUUGCCAGAUCUCUCACGGUGCCGCCCAGUUCCUCAGGGAGCGUCUGUUCGAGGUCUCCGAUCCGUAUCGCGUUCACAUCUGCAAUUUCUGCGGCCUGAUCGCCAUCGCCAAUCUGCGCAACAACACGUUCGAGUGCAAGGGCUGCAAAAACAAGACGCAAAUCUCCCAGGUGCGCCUGCCCUAUGCGGCCAAGCUGCUCUUCCAGGAGCUGAUGUCCAUGAACAUUGCGCCCCGCCUGAUGGUCAACUGACAGAGCGCUCCACUUAAUUGCCCUAGGCCCAAGCUGGGGGAGCUCCUCCCAGCAGCUCCCAUUAGCAGUUAAUUAUUAAAUUACCAUAAUUGACA